AUGCGCUUCGGUCGAACCCUUCGCGAGUCCGUCUACCCGCCAUGGAAGGACAAGUACAUUGAGUACGCAAAGCUUAAGAGCUUGCUACGGGAGGACGUGGCCGACGACGAUAACCAACCAUGGACUGAGGAAGAUGAGACUCGUUUCUGCGAAGAGAUCUUCAACAACCAACUCGAAAAGGUUGCUCAGUUCCAAGAGCAGCGCUUCAAUGCUCUCAAGGAGCGGGUUGAAUCAUCUUUUGAUAAGCUCAAGGAGCUGGCUCCUGUCGAGUCAGAGGAGGAUGGAGGCCCUUCUAAGGGCGACAUCUCGGCCACCCGCCUGCGCGCUCUGGAGUCGGAGCUUGACGAGAUCACCAACGAGGUCCGUGAGCUCAAGAAGUACAGCCAAAUCAACUACACUGGCUUCCUCAAGAUCAUUAAGAAGCACGAUCGUAAGAGAGGAGACCGCUACAAGGUCCGGCCCAUGAUGCAGUUGAGCUUGUCUCAGCGACCUUUUAAUUCCGAGACUGGUUAUUCUCCCCUCCUCAACAAGCUUUCCAUUAUGUACUUUGCUAUCCGGCAACAGCUAGAGGAGACUGGAGAGCAGCUUCCGCCCUUGGAUCUUGAGUCUCAGGGCGAGACGCACAAUGGUGAACGCUACACUGCUCACAAGUUCUGGGUCCAUCCCGAUAACCUACUCGAGGUCAAGACAGUCAUCCUGCGACAUCUGCCUGCCCUUGUCUACAGCGAAAAGUCCGCCAAGGAGCUUGACGGUAGCGAUUCGCCAUCUAUCACCUCCCUUUACUUCGACAACAAAAAGUUCGAGCUUUACGGAGAAAAGGUUAACCGCCAGUCUGAAGCAACCUCGUUGCGUCUUCGCUGGUAUGGACAGCUGGCCACCCGACCUGAAAUCUUUGUUGAGGAGAAGACAGUCGACGCAAAGGGUGGCAGCCAGGAUCUGAAAUUCUCCAUCAAAGACAAAUACGUCAAGUCAUUCGUUGAUGGCGAUUACAAGACGGAGAAGGCUAUCCAAAAGCUAAAGAGACAAAGCUUUGCUCCUGAAAAGAUCCAGGAGUUCGAGCAGACGGUUGGCACAAUCCAGAAAUAUCUCAAGGAAAAGAACCUCAGCCCUGUUCUGAGGGCCAACUAUGUCCGCACGGCCUUCCAGAAGCCUGCUGACGACCGCAUCCGUAUUGCUAUUGAUACCAAUGUGGCAUUUAUCCGAGAAGAUACGCUCGAUCGCAGCCGUCCUUGCCGUGAUCCGAACGAGUGGCACCGCCUCGACAUUGACGAGAGCGAGAUGAAAUAUCCCUUCAAGAACAUCAACCAGAGCGAAGUCAACCGAUUCCCGUAUGCCCUUCUUGAGAUCAAGCUAAAGGAUGAUGGCCUGCGAAAGCGACCCACCUGGAUCGAGGACUUGAUGGUGUCUCACUUGGUUCACCCAACCCCACGCUUCUCCAAGUUUGUGCAUGGUAUUGCGGUCCUUUUCGAAGACUUCGUCAACAGCUUGCCCUUCUGGCUCAGCGAUCUUGAAUCCGAUAUCCGCAAAGACCCUCAGAAGACUUUUGAGGAAGAGGAGCAACGACGUGCCCAACGACACGAGGAUGUCAUGGCUGUGGGCAGUCUUAUCGGAGCCGGGGCAAAGUCAGGAUCUUACAAGCCUACACAGAGCUCGCCAGUGAGUAAGUCAUAUCUAGCGGACCGCAUGUCUAGGGAUUCGAUUGCCAAAACGCUUAACAGGCAGACCUCGACGCCUGGAAACGGAGAAGAGGUCGGAGAAAGCAGUGGCCAACACCAGGAAGAGCAGGGAAGGUCAUACGGGACACUGUCAUCUGUCAUUCCCGGUUUCUCGUUAUCCAAGUACUCUCGGGCCAAGCGAGCGUCUCAGCAGCCACUGCCAGAAGGCGUAGUAGCGCCGACACAAUGGAUCAAGAACAUGGGCGAGCUUAAGGUUGAGCCCAAGGUUUGGCUUGCUAACGAGCGAACGUUCCUCAAAUGGCAGCACAUUUGUAUUCUUCAGGGUGGCCUGGCCAUUGGUUUAUACACAGCCGCGGGUGAGAACACAAUUGCUUCUGUUAUCGGGCUUUUGUUCGUUCUCAUUGCCGUAUUCGCCGGAGCUUGGGGCUAUGGUAUGUUGAGAGUCCGACGAACCAUGAUUGUAGAGCGAAGUGGUAAGGAUUUUGACAACAUGAUUGGACCCAUGAUUAUCAGUGUCUCGUUGAUGUUUGUGCUUAUUCUCAACUUUUUCUUUGCGUGGCGAGAAGCUUAUGGACGAUUCAACAAUGGUAACAAUGAUGCGGGAGAGCUUUUGUCGGAAGACCUCAAGUAG